CUCUCUCUCUGUCUCUAAUAAGCAAACCAUCCCAUUUCCAACCAAUUCAUACACUUAGCUACAUCCUAUCCAUCCAUCCAUCCAUCCAUCCAUCCGUCCGUCCAUCCAUACAGCAAAGAUGCCGGCGACCGAUUACCAGGGAACUUCAGUUCCUCUGGCUUUCUUCGGUCGUUCGAUCCUCAGCAUCCGUCGGAACCAAGUCGUUUCGAUGGAAGGCAACCAUGAACAAGAGCUCGAGGACUUUGAGCUAUUCCAGAAACAUGUCGCCGACCGCCUCGCCGAUCUUGCCUCAUCAGACAGUAAGGACGACAGGGAGGAUGGCCUUCUCUCCCUCCCAUGGCUCCGGAAGCUCCUCGACUUCUUCCUAAGCUGCGAGGAGGAAUUCAAGGCCAUGCUCAUUCUAGGUCGCAACCCGACCCACAUCUCCAGGCCCCCGCUCGAUCGCCUAAUCACAGAACUGCUCGAUCGGGCUGUGAAGGCGCUGGAUGUAUGCAACGCUAUCACCGAUGGAAUUGACUCGAUCCAUCACUGGAGGAAGCAAGCUGAGAUCGCCGUUUCCGCUCUCGAGCAACGACCUUUGGGGGAAGGGCAAUUCCGGCGUGCGAAGAGGGCGUUGACGGCGCUCGUCGCUUCGAUGACCAUUGACGACAAGGACGGCCAAAACAGAGCAGCGGAGAGGACUUGGUCCUUUGGAAGGAAAGGCAAUGGCAGUGCAACUGCAAUCAAAGAACAUGGCAACAGGCAUGUACGGUCGUUUUCUUGGAGUGUAUCGAGGACGUGGUCCGCUUCCAAGCAGAUGCAAGCAAUGGCGAACAAUCUCGCCGCCCCACGCGGAGCAGAGCUUAACGGGCUGGCAUUGCCGAUAUACACGAUGGGCACGAUUCUGCUGUUCGUCAUGUGGGCCCUCGUCGCCGCGAUCCCUUGUCAGGAUCGGAGCGGCCUUAAUAUGCAUUUCCCCUUGCCGCCGAGGCAGCUAGCUUGGGCAGGGCCGUUGAUUAGCUUACAGGAGAGAAUUGCUGAGGAGUGGAGGAAGAAGGAGAAGAAGGGCUCGGUGGGAUUGAUGGAGGAGCUGCAUGAGUUGGAGAGGUGCGCAAAUGGCCUGAUGGAACUCACUGAUACAACUCAAUUCCCGGUGGAGGCAGAUCAGAUGGAUCAGAUUAGAACACAGGCAGGUGAUCUGGCCCAGGCAUGUAGGACCAUGGAAGAGGAGCUGAUUCCAUUUCGGCGCCAGGUCAGGGAGGUCUUCCACAGGAUCGUGAAUAGCCGGACAGAGGUUCUUGAUUGCUUGAAUCAAGCCACCCGACUUCCCACAACGGUUUUGUAAUGGCAAGGAGCAGUGUGAUUGACUACGGCAGACAGUGGCGAGAGUGGUUUGAUGAUGAUGAAC